UUUUUUUUAUUUUUUUAUUUUUAUUUUAAAUUCAUUAAACUAUUAUCGUUAUGCCUUCCAUUAUUGUACCUUCAGAAUAUGGCUAUGUCCUUGCUACUACGGUAGCCACUUCUAUUUAUCUUGUUUUCUUAACAUCCAGAGUCGGUAAAGCACGUGGUAAAGCCAACGUACCUUAUCCUUAUGCUUAUGCGGAAAAAUCAGAAGCAGAAAAGGACCCUCUCAAGAAUAUCUUCAACUGUACUCAACGUGCUCAUCAGAAUACGUUGGAAUUUUGGCCUGUUGUGACAAGUUUAUCGUUGAUUGGUGGAUUGGCUCAUCCUCAAGUAGCCGCUGCAGCUCAUGCAUGGUGGUUAUUGGGUCGCAUUGUUUAUGUUCGUGGCUAUGUCACUGGUAAUCCUCGGAACAGAUUGUAUGGUGUUGCUGGUCAACUUGGUUUAUUGCCCUUAUUGUUUACUGCUAUCUCCUCUGUAUAUUAUUUGAUCAAAUAAAAUAGAUGCUCACCUUGAAGUAUCUCCUUUUUUUUUU